AUUGUUCAUUCAUUUUUGUAACAUAACAUCCUAUAUAAACACAUGUGGUAACGCCAAGCUGGUAGGCUAGCCAUAUAUUUCAAAAUUUUCAUUAGGGAAACAACGUAAUAUAAGAGAAGAAGAAGAGAAAGAGUUAUUUGCAGAGAAAUAGAGAAGAUUUUAGUUUUCAUUUGGCUAUGGCUACAAAAGGGUUCUUGAUUUAUCUGUUUGCAGGUUUUUCUGUGGCGGUUCUAUCAGUUUUCUUUGUCCAGAACUUUCAAGAUGGAAAAUUUACACCAAAAUUUUAUCAAAGUUCCAAUCUUUUGCAACGACCCAUUGGAUCUGAAGAUAAAGUUUGGCCGGAAUUGAAAUUUAGUUGGAGAAUUGUUGUGGCAACAAUAAUAGGAUUUUUGGGGUCAGCUUGUGGUACCGUAGGAGGUGUUGGUGGAGGUGGCAUUUUUGUUCCUAUGCUUACUUUGCUUCUUGGAUUUGAUACAAAAUCUGCUGCUGCUCUUUCCAAAUGUAUGAUAAUGGGGGCAUCAGCAUCAUCAGUAUGGUACAAUUUGAGGGUACCACAUCCAUGCAGAGAAGUACCAAUACUUGAUUAUGAUUUGGCUCUAUUAUUUCAGCCUAUGCUCAUGUUUGGCAUCACACUUGGUGUUUCUCUAAGUGUUGUCUUCCCUUAUUGGCUCAUCACUGUCCUCAUCAUCAUCCUCUUCAUGGGGACUUCAUCAAGAUCAUUUUUUAAAGCAAUUGAGAUGUGGAAAGAAGAAAGUAUUCUCAAGAAAUCAAUGGAAGAAGUUCCAGUUAAUUCACGUGGUGAACUUAUUGUUAUUGAUACAAUGUAUGAGCCACUGGUCCCUAGGGAGGAGAAAACACCACUGGAAAUUUUUAAGUUCAACCUUAAUUUGAAGAGAAUUAUGGUGCUCUUUCUAGUAUGGUUCAUAUUUCUGCUUCUUCAAGUGUUCAAGAACGAUCUAAUGGCUUGUUCUCCAUUGUACUGGGUGCUCAACUUACUACAGUUCCCAGUAGCAUUCGCAGUGUUUGGGUAUGAAUGUGCGAAAUUGUACAAGGAAAGCAAGAAGAGGAGACUAGAAGGGAAUACCCAGUCAAUAUGUGAGGCUGACAUUCAAUGGACUGCCACAAACCUUAUCUUCUGUGCCCUUUGUGGCAUAUUGGGAGGCACUGUUGGAGGAUUGCUUGGAUCUGGUGGUGGAUUCAUUCUUGGCCCUCUUCUUCUUGAGAUUGGAGUUAUCCCUCAGGUAGCUAGUGCAACAGCAACAUUUGUGAUGAUGUUUUCCUCAUCUUUAUCAGUUGUGGAGUUUUAUCUCCUCAAGAGAUUCCCAAUGCCUUAUGCUCUAUACCUAAUGAGUGUAUCUAUUGUUGCUGGCUUUUGGGGACAAUGCUUCAUUAGAAAACUUAUCGCAAUUUUAAAGAGAGCAUCACUCAUUGUAUUCAUACUUUCUGGUGUCAUUUUCGCCAGCGCUCUCACAAUGGGGGUGAUCGGGAUAGAGAAGAGCAUCAGUAUGAUACAUAACCAUGAGUUCAUGGGGUUCUUGGAUUUCUGCAGCAGUCAAUAAUUUGUGUAUUUCAACUAGCAAAUUAUUGGUGAACAAGAAUGGCACAGUUCAGUAAAGACUAUAAAAACAUACAUGUAAAGAGCAGCAGCAACAACAACAGAAGGGAUGGUGGCCAAUACAUUAUUGAACCAACCAUUUCAAGAAGUCAUUUUAUUAUAAUGUCCGUGAGUUAGCUAGCGCUAACGCCGGCCAAUACCACCUCUAUUUUCAUUUUUUCUUUUGGGUCGUAAAAUCUUGUGCUUGCUCUAUAGUUGUAUCUGAGUGUUAGCUAGCGCUAACACCAGAACUAUUUCUAUGGUUUGUGUCUGGGUGUUAACUAGCGCUAACACCAGCAUUAUUUGGUUAAUAUUCAUGUGUAUGUUAAUGGUUCUGUUCGAGGGUUAGCUAGCGCUAACGCCAACAGUCCCUACACCAAUACCAUUAGUAUUUCGCGAUGUUAUAGUGGUCACUUCAAUUGUUUUGGAAUGAAGUUUGUGAUUCUUCUAUUAAUUUUACUGUACAAUAGACUUAAUGUGGUCCGACCCUUUUUCAGAUUCCACAAUAGUAACAGUUUACUGCACCAGGCUGCUCUUCUUCCUUGACAAAAUCAAAAAGAUUUCUGUACUCAAAGAAGCAGAAAAAUCCUAAAUAAAUUCCAAGUACCAAUGUAAUGAGAAUAAUGUAAUUUCUUUGUACUGAUUA